UCAUGGCGUAUGCGUGUACUCCACUGGCGCCACAAUGCAUCGCGUAGUUAUACUAAUAUUAUGGACAUGUUAUACUAGUACCAUCGACAUUACACCUGUUCCCGAAUUUAAAAGGAAUUAGUUGCAUUCUGCACCGUUCUACGGGAGGUCCAUUUGGAAUAUUCCCCCACCAUGGAGGACAAGCAUACAACUUCCAAGACUCAACUGGCGCUCGAGGACCCCGUCGCCUCGAAGUCGCCCAGUAAGAUUCCCCUCAUUUUGCUGGGUAUCUUCGCUGUUGCCAUCAUCGCCCUAACGGUUACCACAGUUGUUGUCGUGCUACAAAAGAACGACAUUGCCGCCGAACUGGACAAACUGAAGGCGAAUAAACCACCGGUGCCCGUGGAUCCGGAUCGGGAGGUCUGCACGACGAAGCAAUGCUAUGACUCCGCGUAUGAAUACCUGAGUAAUAUGAAUCAGAGCGUGAAUCCCUGCGAUAAUUUCUACGAGUACGGCUGCGGUGGCUGGGUCCAGCGCUACACCGCGCUAAACCUGACUAGCCCCUCUACAAACAUAUUGAGUACACUGGGAGACGAUUUGACAGACAAGUUGAAAGUUAUAUUUGAACGGAGUCCCGUUGCCGGCGAACCCUCGUCGUAUCACAUCGUAAGGAACGACUACCAGUCUUGCGUAGACAUAGACACCAUCUACGAAUUGGGAGCCAAACCUCUGACGGACGUGCUGACUUCGCUGGGCGGCUGGCCGGUGCUGGGUUCUACCCCUGCCGGCGGUAACUGGAACGCCACCGAAUUCGACUUCGAGAAACUCUGGGCCGCCAUUAGGGGCAAAUACUACGUGCAAUUGAUUGUGGCCACGGACACCUAUCCCGAUCCCAACAACACUGCCAAAUACAAGUUGGAUGCGUUCACUCCUGACUUCGUGGUACCGACGGUCGACACCGAGAUGCCGCUCAGACGAGGUGUGAGGGCCCUGUUUGACGAACGAGAAGAUUCUGGGAAAUUGGCGGUGAGGAUUCUUUUGGACGAGAAUUAUUCGGAGGAGAGGAAAGCGUACCUUCAGUACAUGAUCGACAUUGCCGUGGCUCUGGGGGCAAACGAGACAGUUGCGUUGGAGGAUAUGACGAAACUCAUCGAGUUCGAGUCGCAUAUGGCUAACUUGACUGAGUUACAUCCAGACGAUGAAAUUGAGUACAUUGAAUACACCCUCAAGCAAAUUGGAAUGGGUGUGAUCGACUGGACGCGUUUUUAUCAACUAAUGUUGCCGGCAAGUGUCGACCCAGGAGUAACAGACGACGAGCCCAUCAUCAACUACAGACCGGACUACAUCGGUAACGUCACCUUGUGGCUCAGAGACCAAGACGACAGGGUCAAGGCCAACUACAUGAUCUGGCGUCUGGUGAGUGAGCUUGUCCCCUUCAUGAGCGAGACAUUCCUGGCCAUCCGGCAGAAGUACCAAGAGGCCACAGACAGCACGUCGGCUACCACACCUCGCUGGCGGACAUGCGCCAAAAACGCCAAUAACUUAUACAAGUAUAUCAGCGGUAGGAUGUACGUGGACGACCACUUCCCUGAGGAUGCUAAACAGAAGACGCUUGAAAUGGUUCGCACUUUGCAGACGGCUUUCAAGUCCAUGCUGAAAACAAAUGCCUGGCUGCAGGAAGCAGACAAGGCGACGGCUAUUGAAAAGGCAGAUGCUAUGGACAUCGCAAUUGGUUACCCAGAAUGGAUCAAAGACAACGCUAAGCUAGAUGCGAAGUAUGCCGAUGUGACUGCCAAGGACGAUGAGUAUUUACAGAAUAACGUGAGAUACCGCGAGUGGACAUCCCAGGGUGAAAUGGCGCUCUUACGUCAAGACGUGGACAAAGAUGAAUCACUGUGGGCUACCCGUGGGCCGGCCAUCGUCAACGCUUUCCAUUCUCCGUACGUUAAUGGAAUAUUGUUCCCUGCGGGCAUUCUUCAACCGCCUUUCUACCACAAGGAUCUCCCCUGGUACUCCAAUUAUGGUGGAAUCGGUGUCGUCAUUGGCCACGAGAUAACCCACGGUUUUGACAACAGGGGGAGACAGUUCGACAAAGACGGCAACUAUAGAGUCUGGUGGAGUCAAGAGUCCAUCGAAAAUUUCGUGGAGGAGAAGCAGUGUAUCAUCGACCAGUACUCCGAAUUCGUCAUGCCGCAAAACAACAGAAUGCUGAACGGAGUUAGGACGCAGUCUGAAAACAUUGCUGACAACGGAGGCCUGAGAGAGGCUUACAAGGCCUACAUAGACAACAUAGGCGAGCAACCUCGUCUCCCUGGCAUGGACUUCACCGAAGAGCAGAUGUUCUUCCUGUCAUAUUCCCAGCUUUGGUGCCAGGUGUUGACACUGAAGGGCGUGAAUGACUACAUCGACUUGUGGAAGCACAGUCCCGGCAGAUACAGAGCCAUCGGUGCGCUGCAGAACAACGAGGCGUUCAGCGCUGCAUUCAACUGUCCGGCUGGAAGCUACAUGAAUCCGGACGUCAAAUGCAGAGUCUGGUAGCCUAGUACUUCCUGACCUUUUGCGUAGCAGCCAUCUUAGAGGGCAUCAUUCGUUGUUUUAAUUCAGUAACAAUGAAUACACAAAAGGGUCACUCUUGCAUAAUAGCCCAGCGUAAAACAAAGGCAUUAAAAAAUAUAUAUUGUAUUCACGUAUGUAUAAGUAACAUUAGCAGUUGUUUUCUUCAUUAACGUCACUCGGCGUAAAUUUCAAAGUUUUUGCCCGCCCACGUGAACAUGACCGUGUGCGUGUUGUUUCAUUCAAAUAGUGUUGCGUAACGUCUAGAAACUUGCGUUUUACAUUAGAUGGCUAGGUAGUUCCGCGGUGUCGGACGUUCAUUUUGGGUGAUUCAACAUUGUGUAAAAGUUAUAAUGCUGAAGUAGAUUAUGUUUUAUUUCGAUAGUAACAUGCAUCAGUUAGUUACUAGUUUACUAUAUUUCUUUAAAUAAGAAAUUCAUCCAACCUUAUUUUUGUUGUAGUACAUUUCGGCUUAAAAUACCAUGGUAUUGGACGUGGUGGACAAAUUGACUUUAGGUGUAAAUAUUCAUAUCAAAUGUAAGAACAUUGUUAAAGUUUACUUCAUACGCUUCAAUACUAUAUACAUGUUUCAUUUGUGGCAUAUUGAUUAUUAUCUUUAAAUUGUGGCAUGUAGUUUUAUAAUUCCGUAGAAUUUCCUGGUGGCUACGUGUGACAGGAAUGACAUAAACGUUUUCCUUAAAAGGCGCCCUCUUCCUUUAAUUUGACAGUUUCUUUGUAUGAAGUAAAUCUUCCACUUUACGUUUGCAGAACUGGGCUACUUUAUUAUAUUCAUCCUUUUUAUGGGGUAGUAUAACCUCAUAGUAGUUUUGAGUGCAACUUAACUCUCGUUUUAAAGCUUUCUAUUUUUUUGUUGGGCGCCCUCAUUCUUGAAUUUAGAAUUUAACCAUUUCACGUGCACAACAUAAAUUACAAUGUAUGUCCAUUAUGCUGAUGGACGUACACGAUAUUGGCCAGGGAUGCUAUGAUUUUGCUUCUUUGCAUAAGUUAUCACAGUGCGUAAAAAUGUCUGUGUGAAAAAUACAUAGUGGUACUUUUAUACUGGA